AUGUACAGCCCAACCGUCGAGGCUGGCGUGAACUUCGACGAGGAUUGGUUCCACACCAAAUUCCUCUACAUGUGCCGCAAGAGCACGACGGCUCGGGCAGCCUGGCAAGCGUCGCUGCGGGUCCGGCGAACGCAGAGCUCGCUGGUCCAUUCUUUCGUCCAGGAGUCCAUCUCUGUUGUGCUCGACUGUGCGCCAGUGAUCCCAGCCUCCUGUCUUCACACUUAUGGUCAGACUUCGACGGCGAUGGCGGCGCGGACACCCGACUCAAGCGACGAGUCAUCUUCGCAGGAGGGCAACCGCUUGGACGAGCAAGUUGCGGGCGGAUCUUCUCUCGACCAGCCGUCGAGCCCCUACCAGCCAGCCGUGGAGGCUGCGACUUCGAAGCAGCAGCUCAAGCGGUCCUUCAUUCCCCCACGCCGCGUCACCGUAGCGGAGACGCUGCAGUAUCUACAAGCCUGCACCACCCAUCAGACGGCUGCGUGGAGGCGGGUCCCUGCGCGCGCAGAGGGCUCUGCCCAACCUGUUCGGCUGAUCGAGGACGGCCCCCUCUUCCGGGCCUUUGUGCACACCGAGGCGGAGCGGCAGAACUCUGACGCGCGGCUCCUUCAGGAAUUCCAGCUGCAGUUGCGCGAGCUGGCCACGUACGAGGCCUGCCAGUACUACGGCCUGAAGAACAUUGACGAGCACUUCUUCAAGGAGACCCAAGCCGCCUUCAAGCCCCCGUUUUCGGAGCAGCUCGACUUCUUGAAGGUGAUAGUGAAGGGGAAGUUUCUUGACGAGGGGACGGUGGGUCGCAAGAGCAACGAGGUCGUCAUGGUGGAGACUGCACGGACGUUGCUUCAGGACAUGGGCCUUGCGCAUGCAUUCGACGUGGCUGGGGAGACUCGCUCGCUGCUGGAAGGCGGACUUAGAGAUCGGCUGCUGAGGUCGGAUCUGUUCAAAGGCCGCCCUACGUGCGCUGGUGCAAAAGCGGCAAUGGGUGAGCGUGCCGUUUCUAAGAUGUUUGGCAUCGACUUGCCGGCACCCAGAGAGGGAAAAGCUCAUCUCGACCCGGGCCAGUUCAAGACCGUAAUAAAUGAAGUGCUCGCGUUCAUGGGCCUCAAAGUUGGGAAGCAGAUCGAGGUGAAGCGUCCACGGCGAGGGAAAGGGAAGCAGAACGAGUCGGGGUCUGGAAAUAGCGACUACAAGUACGAGCUGGAGCGAAAGUACGUUGUCAGGAUGGCAAAGCUUGUCAAGUUGCAGUUUCGUGAAGUCCCUCGAGUCUGGCAGUAUAGGGGGGAGCUGAGCCCCGCACUUCGAGAGUACCUCGACAGCGUAGAUGCGAGUGACUUGGAUCACCUGCUACGGAGGCCGUCUGGCCAUCCGUUGUUGGAGAAUCUUGCUGCGCCAGACGCAUUGGGCGAGGAUUGUAUUAUUAAUCCGAGAAAUAGGUUGCCGAGUGAUUAG